UUUUGUUGUCUGGCUUCUCUUAGAGGCGUAGUUUUUUUUUUUAAUAAUUGCAUUACUCAGCCCCAAACGGACAAAUGGCGCUGGUGGAUCACGACUCCUGGGACAUCGAGUACGAGGGAUGCGAGAGGCUGCGCCACCAGCUGCUGGUGCAGUUGAACCAGCGCCAGCAGCUCGGCCCCAAGGACAGUCAGUACGUCCAGCUGUCGGCUAGCAUACGGUCUGGAUUGGAGCAGCUGGGCCAGGAUAUGAAGCACCUCAAGGUGGUGCUGGACAAUGCCAUCACCUGGGAGACGAGCCCCGAGGAGGAGCUACAGCAGCGCCGCAUUGACUACGACCGACUCACUUCUCAGCUGCGUGGGAUCCGCGAGAAAUUUGCAAACAGCACGCACUCUGCUGUGCGGAACGCUGUAGCCAACACCAGCUCCGGCUCGGUCUGGCAGGACCAGGAUCUUCGGCCGGGACAAAGUUCGUACCGCGACGCACCCAUGGAUACGGAGGCCCUGAAGCAGCGGAAGAUGGAGAUGCUGGCGCAGCAGGAUCAGGGCCUCGAGGCCCUGUCGGUUACCCUUUCGCGACAACGGGAGCUGGCCACGCAGCUGGGCAACGAAGUAGAGGACCAGAACAACAUCCUGGACAACCUGGCCAACGCCAUGGACCGAGUAGAGUCGGGCGUUCAGCGGGAGACGCAAAGCAUCGGUCAAGUGAACCGGCGAGACAGCACCUGGGGCUACUGGUUGGUCAUCAUUGCCCUGUUCGUUGCUAUUCUCGUGGUGGUUUUCGUGUAGUGGCCAUUCCAGUUUUUUCUAUUUACCCGUUGAUAUGUGAAGUCUCUAUCUCUUCUAUAGUUAUCCCAAAGUUCCCAAUAGAGUAUUUAUACACUAAUUAAAUAGGAUUUAUAAGUAUCUAA